GGGGGCGCUCCAGCCUCUGUGUGUAGCAUAGGCGCAGCAGUGCAUGCGAACGGGUACAAUCUGAUGAGAAAGGGGGGUUGGAACGAAAGUAAUAGCGGGUUUGGUCGUCCUUUGUUUCAAGCCAGCUAGUAUGCUAGCUAGCUAGCAACCGAGCUGAGGAGCACGAGGGGGGCGGGGAGAUCUAGAGAGGGAGUGUGGACUGGGAGACCUACAUCCGAGGCCGGGGGCAGUGUGUGACAGUUUUAUUUUUGUGAGCAAGACCAGCUGAGAGAUGUCGACUCCUGACCCUCCGAUGGGAGGGACUCCCCGACCGGGCCCCUCCCCAGGCCCCGGGCCCUCACCCGGAGCCAUGCUGGGCCCCAGUCCUGGCCCCUCCCCUGGCUCCACCCACAGCAUGAUGGGACCCAGCCCAGGCCCCCCCUCCUCUGGACACCCCCUCCCGCCACAGGGUCCGGCAGGAUACUCCCAGGAGAACAUGCACCAGAUGCACAAGCCCAUGGAGGGCAUGCAUGAGAAGGGCAUGUCGGAGGACCCCCGCUACGGGCAGAUGAAGGGCAUGGCCAUGAGACCCGGGGGCCACAGCGGGAUGGGACCCCCGCCCAGCCCCAUGGACCAGCAUUCCCAAGGUUACCCCUCUCCGUUGGGUGGCUCUGAGCACGCUCCCAGUCCUGUCCCGGCCAACGGGCCUCCCUCCGGCUCCCUCAUGCCCUCGGGCCCCGGCGGGGUGUCCCUGGAGGCCGGGGACCCCCAGGCCCUGGCCCAGCAGAACCGGAGCGGGGUUCAGGGUGGGGGCGGCACCCCCGGAUCCGCCGGCACCGCCGGCGGGCCCACCCCCUUCAACCAGAACCAGCUGCACCAGCUGCGGGCGCAGAUCAUGGCCUACAAGAUGCUGGCCCGCGGGCAGCCGCUGCCGGACCACCUGCAGAUGGCGGUGCAGGGCAAGCGGCCCAUGCAGGGCAUGCAGCAGCAGCCCGUGACCAGCCUGCCCUCCGCCCCCGGCGCCGGCCCCGGACCGGGCCCCGGGCCCACCCCCGCCAGCUACAGCCGGCCCCACGGAAUGAUGGGGCCCAACAUGCCUCCCCCGGGACCCUCUGGUGUUCCCCCAGGAAUGCAGGGACAGCCCCCCAACGGACCCCCCAAAACAUGGCCAGAAGGCCCGAUGGUGAACGCGGCCGCCCCCUCCAGCGCUCCCCAGAAGCUGAUCCCCCCGCAGCCCACGGGCCGCCCCUCCCCGGCGCCCCCCUCCGUGCCCCCGGCCGCCUCCCCCGUCCUGCCGCCCCAGACCCAGUCGCCCGGGCAGCCCGCCCAGCCCACCCCCAUGGUGCCCCUGCACCAGAAGCAGAACCGCAUCACCCCCAUCCAGAAGCCCUGCGGUCUGGACCCGGUGGAGAUUCUGCAGGAGCGCGAGUACAGGCUGCAGGCUCGCAUCGCUCACCGCAUCCAGGAGCUGGAGAACCUGCCCGGCUCUCUGGCUGGAGACCUGAGGACCAAAGCCAACAUCGAGCUGAAGGCUCUGAGACUGCUCAACUUCCAGAGACAGCUACGGCAGGAGGUGGUGGUGUGCAUGAGGCGUGACUCCGCCCUGGAGACGGCCCUGGACGCCAAGGCCUACAAGCGCAGCAAGCGGCAGUCGCUCCGCGAGGCGCGCAUCACCGAGAAGCUGGAGAAGCAGCAGAAGAUCGAGCAGGAGCGCAAGCGGCGCCAGAAGCACCAGGAAUACCUCAACAGCAUCCUCCAGCAUGCCAAGGACUUCAAGGAGUACCACCGCUCCAUCACUGGAAAGAUCCAGAAACUCACCAAAGCUGUGGCCACCUACCACGCCAACACUGAGCGCGAGCAGAAGAAGGAGAACGAGCGCAUCGAGAAGGAGAGGAUGAGGAGGCUGAUGGCUGAGGAUGAGGAGGGCUACAGGAAGCUGAUCGAUCAGAAGAAGGACAAGCGGCUGGCCUACCUGCUGCAGCAGACGGACGAGUACGUGGCCAACCUGACGGAGCUGGUGCGCGCCCACAAGGCCGUGCAGGCCCUCAAGGAGAAGAAGAAGAAGAAGAAGAAGAAGCAGAAGCUGGAGAAUGCCGAGGGUCAGACUCCUGCUCUGGGCCCUGAUGGAGAGCCCCUGGAUGAGACCAGCCAGAUGAGCGACCUGCCGGUCAAGGUGAUCCACGUGGACAGCGGGAAGAUCCUGACCGGGGGGGACGCGCCCAAGGCCGGGCAGCUGGACGCCUGGCUGGAGAUGAACCCAGGGUACGAGGUGGCCCCCAGAUCCGACAGCGAGGACAGUGGGACAGAGGAAGAGGAGGAGGAAGAGGAGGAGCAGCCCCAGCCCUCACAGGCUCCCGUGGAGGAGAAGAAGAAGAUCCCCGACCCCGACAGCGAGGACGUGUCCGAGGUGGACGUCCGUCACAUAAUCGAACACGCCAAACAGGAUGUGGAUGAUGAGUACGGGAGCGCGGCCUUCGCCCGCGGGCUGCAGUCCUACUACGCCGUGGCCCACGCCGUCACCGAGAGGGUGGACAAGCAGUCCUCUCUGCUGGUGAACGGGCAGCUGAAGCAGUACCAGAUCAAGGGCCUGGAGUGGCUGGUGUCCCUGUACAACAACAACCUGAACGGGAUCCUGGCAGACGAGAUGGGCCUGGGCAAGACCAUCCAGACCAUCGCCCUCAUCACCUACCUCAUGGAGUACAAGCGCAUCAAUGGCCCCUUCCUCAUCAUCGUGCCACUCUCAACUCUCUCCAACUGGGUGUAUGAGUUUGAUAAGUGGGCCCCGUCUGUGGUGAAAGUCUCUUACAAGGGCUCCCCGGCUGCCAGGCGGGCCUUCGUACCUCAGCUGCGCAGCGGCAAGUUCAACGUGCUGCUCACCACCUACGAGUACAUCAUCAAGGACAAGCAAGUGCUGGCUAAGAUCCGCUGGAAGUACAUGAUCGUGGACGAGGGCCACCGCAUGAAGAACCACCACUGCAAGCUGACGCAGGUGCUGAACACGCACUACCUGGCGCCGCGCCGCGUGCUGCUGACCGGCACGCCGCUGCAGAACAAGCUGCCCGAGCUGUGGGCCCUGCUCAACUUCCUGCUGCCCACCAUCUUCAAGAGCUGCAGCACCUUCGAGCAGUGGUUCAACGCCCCCUUCGCCAUGACCGGAGAGAAGGUGGACCUGAACGAGGAGGAAACCAUCCUGAUCAUUCGCCGCCUGCACAAGGUGCUCCGCCCCUUCCUGCUGCGCAGGCUGAAGAAGGAAGUGGAGGCCCAGCUGCCCGAGAAGGUGGAGUAUGUGAUUAAGUGUGACAUGUCGGCCCUGCAGAGGGUGCUGUACAGACACAUGCAGGCCAAGGGCGUCCUGCUCACCGACGGCUCUGAGAAGGACAAGAAGGGGAAAGGGGGCACUAAGACCCUGAUGAAUACCAUCAUGCAGCUGAGGAAGAUCUGCAAUCACCCCUACAUGUUCCAGCAAAUCGAGGAGUCCUUCUCCGAGCACCUGGGGUUCACCGGAGGUAUAGUUCAAGGGCCCGACCUGUACCGCGCCUCGGGGAAGUUUGAGGUGCUGGACCGCAUCCUGCCCAAACUGCGGGCCACCAACCACAAAGUGCUGCUCUUCUGCCAGAUGACCUCGCUCAUGACCAUCAUGGAGGACUACUUCGCCUACCGCAACUUCAAGUACCUGCGCCUGGACGGCACUACCAAAGCGGAGGAUCGUGGGAUGCUGCUGAAGACCUUCAAUGACCCCGCCUCCCAGUACUUCAUCUUCCUCCUGAGCACCCGGGCCGGGGGGCUGGGCCUCAACCUGCAGUCGGCCGACACCGUGGUCAUCUUCGACAGCGACUGGAACCCCCAUCAGGACCUGCAAGCCCAGGACCGCGCCCACCGCAUCGGGCAGCAGAACGAGGUGCGCGUCCUGCGCCUCUGCACGGUCAACAGCGUGGAGGAGAAGAUCCUGGCCGCCGCCAAGUACAAACUCAACGUGGACCAGAAGGUGAUCCAGGCCGGCAUGUUCGACCAGAAGUCCUCCAGCCACGAGCGCCGCGCCUUCCUUCAGGCCAUCCUGGAGCACGAGGAGCAGGACGAGGUCGGGCCACGGCGGUCGGGCUCAGUGGGGGGGUGUGGCACAGUUGGGGUGUGGGAGGAGGACGAGGUGCCGGAUGAUGAGACAGUGAACCAGAUGAUCGCCAGGAGCGAGGAGGAGUUUGACCACUUCAUGCGGAUGGACCUGGACCGGCGGCGGGAGGAGGCCCGGAACCCCAAGCGCAAGCCGCGGCUGAUGGAGGAGGACGAGCUGCCCUCCUGGAUCAUCAAGGACGACGCGGAGGUGGAGCGGCUCACCUGCGAGGAGGAGGAGGAGAAGAUGUUCGGCCGCGGCUCCCGCCAGCGGAAGGAGGUGGACUACAGCGACUCGCUCACGGAGAAGCAGUGGCUCAAGGCAAUAGAGGAGGGCACGCUGGAGGAGAUCGAGGAGGAGGUGCGGCACAAGAAGACCACGCGGAAGCGCAAGCGGGACCGGGACCUGGACCCGCCGGGCCCGGCCACGCCCAGCUCCAGCGGCACGCGCAGCCGCGACAAGGACGAGGACGCCAAGAAGCAGAAGAAGCGCGGGCGCCCCCCCGCCGAGAAGCUGACGCCCAACCCCCCCACGCUCACCAAGAAGAUGCGGAAGAUCGUGGAUGCCGUCAUCAAGUACAAGGACACUAGCAACGGGAGGCAGCUGAGCGAGGUCUUCAUCCAGCUGCCGUCCCGCAAGGAGCUGCCCGAGUACUACGAGCUCAUCCGCAAGCCCGUGGACUUCCGCAAGAUCAAGGAGAGGAUCCGCAGUCACAGGUACCGCAGCCUGAGUGAUCUGGAGAAGGACGUGAUGCUGCUCUGCCAGAACGCACAGACCUUUAAUCUGGAGGGGUCGCUGAUCUAUGAGGACUCCAUCGUCCUGCAGUCCGUCUUCACCAGCGUGCGGCAGAAAAUCGAGAAGGAGGAAGACAGCGAGGGCGAUGACAGCGAGGAAGAGGAGGAAGAGGCAGACGAAGGCUCUGAGUCUGAGUCUCGCUCGGUGAAGGUGAAGAUCAGGUUGGGCAGGAAGGAGAAGGGUCUGGAGCGAGGGAAGGGCCGGCGCAGGAUGGGGCGUGGCUCCAGGGCCAAACCUGUGGUGAGCGACGACGACACUGAGGAGGAGCAGGAGGAGGAGCCCUCAGCCAGCGGCAGUGAAGAGGACUGAGCCACGGCUGAGUGGGCCAAUUACCCGCAGCGACUCACACCCAUGUCCUCAGCCACAACAGCCCCAGGGUAGUCUGGGACAUGUAGUCAGGGCCUUGUGAGGAUGGGGUAGUUUCACAUAGAUAGGCUGUUUUAUUUUGUGGACAAUGUAUCCGAUGAUUAAGUUAGCAUUAUGAAAUGAAACAACAAAGAGUAAGAAACUGAUACGGAAAAUAUUCUCUUCCGUAUUUGUACUGCUAUCCCAGUAUAAAAUGGGACCAUCUGUCUAGUCUUUGUUAGUUUUUUAAAUAUUAUUAGGUAUGUAGCUAAGCAACUGAACCAUGGACCAUGAGGACAUUUUAAAUUAAUUUUUAUUGUAUUUAUUUGUCAUGUAGUUUCUUUCCAAAGCAAAACUGAAUGUGAGCUUUUAGAGUCUGUGUAUUAUUCCAAACCCGUGAAUGCACGUGCGUGUUGUAUCUGUAAAAUGCUCUCCAUAUGGAUUAUAAUUUAAGAAGAACAAAGGGAGUGGUAGUAUACCUGUCUCUCUCCCCCCCAACAUCAGUCAGAGGGGAUUGGGGGUAUGGGUGCAGCCGUUUCGUGUUGGUGUUGGUGUAUCUCAAAAACAAUAAAGACAAAAAAAUCAA